AUGGCGAAAGUGAACAGUUCGGAUGUGCUCCCCUCCUCGGCUGCGCAGAAAGAGCUGAGCAGCUAUACCUAUGGCGAUGGCCUCUCCAUUUCGGAGCUGGUCGACUCGCGCACGAACGGCGGUCUGACGUACAACGACUUCCUCGUGCUGCCUGGCUUUAUCGAUUUCCCGGCGCACAAGGUGGACCUACGCACGCGCGUCACCCGCAACGUCGUGCUCAACACUCCCUUUUUGUCGAGCCCUAUGGACACGGUUACCGAGACGGAUAUGGCGAUUUCGAUCGCCCUGAUGGGCGGUAUGGGUGUGAUCCACAACAACAUGUCGGCCCAGGAACAGGCCGCCAUGGUCCGCAAGGUCAAGAUGUUUGAGAACGGCUUCAUUGCGGAGCCGAUGGUGCUGUCGCCCGGCGAGACGGUGGGUGACGUGCUCGAGAUCAAGGAGCGCCUCGGCUUUGCCGGCAUUCCCAUCACCGAGAACGGUGCGCUAAAAAGCAAGCUGGUCGGUAUGGUGACCGGCCGUGAUAUCCAGUUCCGCGACCCCGAGACGCCGCUGAACGAGAUCAUGACCCGCGAUCUCGUCACUGCCCAGCAGGGCAUUACGCUCGAGGAGGCCAACCGUAUCCUGCGCGACAGCAAGAAGGGCAAGCUGCCGAUCGUCGACGGCGAGGGCAACCUCGUCUCGCUCCUUGCCCGCUCGGACCUGCUCAAGAACCAGGACUACCCCCUGGCCUCGAAGCGCCCCGAGAGCAAGCAGCUGUACUGCGCUGCGGCCAUCGGCACGCGCCCGCACGACCGUGAGCGCCUCGACCUGCUCGUCGAGGCCGGUCUCGACGUGGUGGUGCUCGACUCGUCGCAGGGCAACUCGACCUACCAGGUGGAGAUGAUCCAGUGGAUCAAAAAGACGCACCCCAACCUCGAGGUGAUUGCCGGGAACGUCGUGACGCGCGCCCAGGCCGCCACACUGAUCGAGGCCGGUGCGGACGCGCUGCGUGUCGGCAUGGGUUCUGGCUCGAUCUGCAUCACCCAAGAGGUGAUGGCCGUCGGCCGCCCCCAGGGCACUGCCGUGUACGCUGUCGCAGAGUUUGCGCGCAAGUUCAACGUGCCCGUGAUUGCCGACGGUGGUAUCCAGAACGUGGGCCACAUUGCCAAGGCGCUGUGCCUCGGCGCGAGCGCCGUGAUGAUGGGCGGUCUGCUUGCCGGUACGUCGGAGAGCCCCGGUGAGUACUACUACCGCGAGGGCCAGCGCCUCAAGGGCUACCGCGGCAUGGGCUCGAUCGAGGCGAUGGAGCACCAAAAGAAGAAGCAGUUCACCGGCGCGACCGGCCGCGCCUCGAAGAAGGUCGACAAGGUGGCGAAGGACGUCGGCUCCGAGAAUGCCGCCACCCAGCGCUACUUCUCCGAGGCGGACGCGGUGAAGGUCGCGCAGGGUGUCUCGGGCUCGGUCCAGGACAAGGGCAGUGUCAAGAAGUUUGCGCCCUACCUGUACACCGGUCUGCAGCACUCGCUCCAGGACAUGGGUGCGCCGUCGGUCGAUAUCCUCCGCGACCAGAUCCGCGACGGCAAGCUGCGCUUUGAGCUGCGCACCGCCAGCGCCCAGGUCGAGGGCGGCGUGCACGGCCUGGCGCACUACGAAAAGCGCCUCUUUUCCUCGUCGACAUAG